AUGAACAACGCAGCAGAACAACACACGGACGAACAGCGCAGAUCCUCCGGAAUGUUCGCAUCCGCAUCGUCCGUGCUUCAGCCAUCACCAAACGGCACGAUGCCGCAUACGCUCCCGGAGGCAACGCCCGAGCAGCAUCAUCACCCGGCGCCAUCGCAAAAUCCAUCAGCGCCGCCAUCGCUCCCACAGCUCGCGUCGGCGUCCCCAAGCAGCGAUAACGGAGUAAUAUUGCAAAUAAUGCAAUUGUUGCAGCAACAAAUAUCUCAGCAGCAACAAUGGAUGGCCAAUAUGCUACAACAAGAGCCAAUGGCAAAGCAAGCGGAUAGCCAGCGUGAGCCGAAUGAUCCGGAGAUAAUUUUGAACGCACUCGCGGAGAGCAUCACCGAAUUCCAUCACGACGCGGAGGCGGGUAUCACUUUCGGAGCGUGGUACGACCGCUACGAAGACCUUUUCGAUCGCGACGCUUGCCGUUUAAGCGAUUCAGCAAAAGUGCGUCUUUUGGGGAGGAAGCUGGGCACCGCCGAACAUAAUCGCUUCACGAGUUUCAUACUCCCUCGCGCUUUCCGCGACCUCACCUUCGCCGAGACUGUAACCACACUUAAGGGACUAUUCGGCAGUAAGGAAUCCCUUUUGAGCAAGCGUCAUAGAUGUUUCAAUACAUCAAAAGCUCGAGGGGAGGACUUACUCGGUUUCGCCUGUCGGGUCAACAAGGCAUGUGUGGAUGCUGAGCUAUCGGCCAUGACAGAGGAACAAUUUAAGUGCCUUAUGCUGGUGAGCGGCCUGAAGGAUGAAGACGACCGGGACAUCCGUGUAAAGCUUCUGGCACGGAUCGAGCAGCACCCGGAAAUCACUCUGCAACAACUAUCGGAAGAGUGCAACCGCAUUGUAACGCUGAAGGAAGACAGCGCCAGGAUCGAAGCGCCCGCACACGAUCGCGUUCUUGCCAUGCAAAGUGGAAAACCAGCUAACCAACGUUUUCGGCGGCCUACAACGGAAUCGGGACCCAAAACGGCGUGUUGGCUCUGCGGAGAGCUUCAUUGGGUCCGCGACUGUCCUUUCCGUUCCAAUAAGUGUGGCGCCUGCCACAAGGUCGGCCAUAAAACCGGAUUCUGCAAGCCGAAACGUUUCCGACGCCAUUCCGGAAAGCACCAUGGGAAGCGGCGUACAGCAAUCCGGGUGGUCACAGUCAAUGUCCGUAGUGUCCAAAAACGGCGUCGCUUCGCAGCAGUCAUCAUCAAUGGUGUCGGUUUCGAGAUGCAGCUCGACACAGCGUCAGAUAUCACCGUCAUCGACCGGACGGCCUGGACGCAGCUUGGUAGCCCUCAUCUGGCUCCACCAUCUGUCAUCGCCCGAUCUGCGUCCGGGGGCAACGUGCAUCUCGACGGCGAGUUCUCAUGCACAGUCAGCAUGGGACACCGAUCUACAGAGGCUACAAUACGAGUAGCAAACGCCGGACUUCUUCUCCUGGGAACCGAUCUCGUGGAUGCCUUGGACUUAUGGUCUUCAACGGCACAGGAUUGUGCACUCGGGCCCAAACGACCGGUGGCGUACGCUCUUCAGGACACGGUCAAUCGCGAGCUCGACCGACUAGAGCAGCUAAAAGUCAUCACCCCGGUAACAUCAUCCGAUUGGGCAGCCCCGGUAGUCGUGGUUCGAAAGGCGAACGGCCAAGUUCGCAUUUGCGGGGAUUACAGUACAGGGCUAAACUCAGCACUUCAGCCCUACGAGUAUCCUCUACCCCUGCCGGAGGACAUUUUCGCACGGUUGGCAAACUGCACCAUUUUCGGUAAGAUCGACUUGUCAGAUGCCUUCCUACAUGUGGAGAUUGCACCCCAAUAUCGCUCGAUGCUGACCAUCAACACGCAUCGCGGCUUAUAUACUUAUAAUCGGUUGCCGCCAGGAAUCAAAAUCGCGCCAGCCACUUUCCAGCAGCUAAUGGACACCAUGCUGGCUGGCUUAACAGGCGUUUCCGGUUAUUUGGACGAUAUAGUAAUCGGCGCAGCAACUGUGCAGGAACAUGAUGCCGCCGUAACCAAGGUCCUGGAACGCAUGCAGGAAUAUGGAUUAACCACUCCGGGCGAAGUUAUGUUUGGAAGGAAGCUGCGAACAUCCUUGGAGUUACUGAAGCCUCCGCCCUCUCCGGUAAAAGCGGACCCAUCUUCUGAAAUUGCCAGACAAUUCCGUCCCGCAGAUCCAGUAUAUGUCAAAAUGUAUUCUGGUAACAACUGGAACUGGAUCGCUGGAACAGUAGUGAAUCGGCAUGGUAGAGUGAUGUAUGAAGUGAUCACGGAAGACAACAGAAGCAUUCGGCGGCAUAUCAAUUAG